CUUUGUGUGGCGCAAUGGAUUGUGGGUAGCCCUAGACUGAAUGCACAUUUGUGUGAAAACGGAUAAUGACGACGUGUGUGCACGCGCGUAUGUGUAAGAGAGAGAGAGUGGGGGGAAGAGUACGUGCGUGCGAGCGAGAGAGAGGAAGGGGCAGUUACUUGUGAGUGAGUGAGAGAGAGAGGGGCUGAGUACGUGUGUGAAAGAGACAGCGCAACGCUGCCAUCAGAAGCUACACUGAAAAGCUCACCAGUGGACUUUGGUUUUAGUAAAGGAGUGGAUUACUACCAGCCAAGGUGAUGUGUCACCCAUCAGUAUGUCCCCUAUCAGCCAAUCGCAGUUCUUUCCUUUGGGAGAGGUGUUGCUAUUGGCUAUCUCUGCGAUGAACUCUGCCCACAGGCCUGUCACUCAGGAGGCCCUAACUGAACACCUGCAGACAUGUUUUCCAGGUGUUCCUACGCCAACGGAGGAGGUUUUGCACCACACACUAAGCAUGCUGGUCCAUGAGAGGAAGAUCUACCCAACAACGGACGGAUAUUUUAUUGUUACCCCACAGACUUACUUUAUCACUCCGAGCCUAAUCCGAACCAGCUCCAAGUGGUACCACUUAGACGAGAGAUCCAUUGACCGACACCAGCAGCAUCAGCAGACACAGUGCACCUCACCUCUCUUUGGCGCUGUUAACCCAUCCACUUCUGGAGCCGUGCGCGAUAAAACACAGCCAAAGACUAGCCAAAACCAUAGUGCAGGAGGCGGGGGAGGUGGAGAUUCUUUUUACAGUAACACUUACCGUGGAGACGAACCUCCAAGCCACCACACCAGCUUACAGUGCAGAUUCUCCAAAGACCACCGGGAAGUGUAUUCAUCCCCACACCCCCCACAAACACCUCCCCAGCAAACAGGAGGCAACACAGAAAAAAACCGCAGCACCCUCGGGUUCACCUUCAAGACGGACACUCUAACCAAGCACAGAGGGGGGGGCAAUGGGGGAGGAGGAGGAACUGCAGAGAUAGAGAAACAAGCCAGUGGAGGAAGUGGCACAGGUAGUCGUAAGUUUGGUCUGAAGCUGUUCCGUCUGAGCUUUAAGAAGGAUAAGGCCAAGCAGUUCACCACCUUCUCGGCACAGUUCCCCCCUGAUGAGUGGCCACUCCGUGAUGAGGAGGUGCCCAGCCAGCUGCCACGUCAUGUAGAGAUGGAAAUUAUCCGCAGAAUCAAUCCUGACCUUACUGUGGAGAACCUUGCUCGGCACACAGCGGUCAUGAAGCGCCUUGAAGAAGAGCGUGUUCAAAGAAGUAAAGCCUCAACAGCCAAUCAGAGCUCUAGGAGUAGGAGAAGUGGAGGUAGACAUAGGAAGCAAUCACAGACCAAAUUCAGCCGCUCUCAUAGUAAAACAAGGGCAUCACAUGGUGAGCCAAGUGAUGCUUCCCACCUAGAGCUGGCUGACAGGGACUAUAGAGCCUACUCAGCCUCACUGGCUCGGUCACCAAGGGAACAUGCUCUGGCCAUAGAGCGACAGCGGGCCCGGCUUCACCUUGCACACAGCAACCCCAACAUUCUUGACGCCUCCCACCUGCCUGUUACACCGGAAUGGGAUGUGUCUGGAGAGCUUGCUAAGCGGAGAACAGAAAUGCCUUUCCCAGAGCCAAGCCAUGGCCCAUCAGCCCACCACUCCAAAGUCCACCGCUCACACUCUCACACCCAGGAGAGAAAAUCAAGGAAUGAAAGGAGUGACAAGGCCAAGGAACGCUCUAGAUCCAUGGACAAUUCCAAAGGACCGCUUGCAGCAGGGUUGAUUGCACCACCCGAUUAUUAUGAUGACCGGAACCGUUACUAUACUGAUGAUGGCACCCUGCGAGCCAAUCAGAGCUCUUCUCACUACCCUCGAGCCACACCCACCUCAGCUAAGCUUGCUGGGGAUUCUCUGGGAUUGGAUGGUGGCAGGAGCUUAGAGAGGAAUAAGAGCAGGGACAACCUUCCAGCAUACUCACCGAAACCACUGCCCACUUGUGUUGCUCCUGAUGAUUACUUUCAGUGCUCUGGUUCCUCUGAUGCUGUUCUCACAACAGCAGACCCACUGGGAACUCUGGGCAAAAGUAGUCAUGAAGGAUUAAAAAUAGGUAACACUAACAGGAAGACAGACAGACAGACACCCCACCUGACAGAAAAUAAGGAGGACAAAUGGGUGGGACCUAAAGGUGGCAGCCUGCCUCCUAUACCUCUCACUAACCCUGACCCACCCGUUCCAAAUGGACGACCUUCCCACAGUGCCUCCGUUGGUCAGGAGAAACGUAAAGAGAUCUUUAGUAAAGACACUCUCUUCAAACCUCCUCCUGGCCUACAUUUGCCUGGCUACAGCUCUUUGAGAAAAACACCUGCCCUUGUCUCUUCUAUUCUGUCCUCAUCCUGUGAUGUACUUGAUUCCCAGGAGGCCUUUGAUGCUCCCAAACCUUUGGUGGCCACAUCUGCCCCCCCACAGGGGACUGAACCCACUACCAGUACUGCAGAGGCAUCAUUUGAUUAUUACAAUGUCUCAGAUGACGAUGAACUUGAGGAGGGUGGGACCAAAAGUCGAGGAGAGGACGAGAAGGCUGGAGGAGGCAUUGUUGGGAUGGGGGGCGGUGCAGCAGGUACCAUGCAGUGGCUCUUGGAGAGAGAGAAGGAGAGGGACUUACAGAGGAGGUUUGAAAGAACCCUCACCUUCCCCAGUGCUAAAGAGAGGCUUCCAGAGUCCAGUCAGAACCAGCAGUCAGCCCACUCUGCUAGACUGGACAGUAUGGACUCCAGCUCUAUCACAGUUGACAGUGGAUUCAAUUCUCCACGGUGAGAACUUGUAGAUACA